ACAGUGACAGCUAAUCAUGUGAGUCAAAAUUUUAUCAAAAAUUAUUUGCAUAUUUUUUUAUUAUUUAUUCUUUCUAAAUACACAGUGAUAUUUUAUCUGGUUCGAAAUUUUAAUUUACAACGUCGUUAUCUUAUCGAUUUUUCGCGCUGUAAUUCAUUAUCGACUUUUCGUGCGGUUAUUAUUAUUCAAAUUCAAAGUAGAACUGUUUGCCAAGAGAAGACGUGAAAAAUGUCCAAAAUAUCGGGAGAAUUACCAACGGCGGUGCCUUUGCCGGACAACGAAAAAGACCUGAAAGUCCUAGUGAACAAGUGCAAAGAUUGGGCCAUAAUGCACGGGAUUUCCAUGAGAUCGAAGGUGAAUUUCAGCGAAGAUAUCGUGCAAAUAGCCCCGUUUAUUCUCACACCCACCAGCAUACCCAGUAGAGAGUUCAACAAAGUGGUAGAGCUCCAGACUAUCCUGCAAGAACUGCUGCACAAAAUAGCCAACGAUAGGGAAUUCAUUAAAGCCUGCUACAGGGAUAUAAUCGAAGCCGAUGAGUUCAGCGGCAGAUUGUAUAAGAUCUACGAGCAAGUCGAAGAAGAAGGAGUAGCGCAGAAAAUUGCGAUGAUGCACUUACGAUCGGAUUAUUUGAUGCAAAACACGAUGAACAAUAAUUUUAAGCAGGUGGAAUUCAACACGAUAUCCGCGAGUUUUGCGAGCCUCUCCACCUUUAUGACCGAUUUGAAUAAAUACGUGCUGGGGGAAUUGGGAUGCACGGAUAAACUAAAAAACAUACCUAAUAAUAGGUCUUUGGUCGGUUUGGCUCAAGGUCUGAUAGACGCGUGGAGAUUGUAUAAAGAUCAAAACGCUUGCAUAAUGUUUAUCGUGGAGAAUCCGGUCCACAACAUCAGCGAUCAGCGUUUGAUCGAAUUCGAGAUUAAGAAAUUGAAUCCAACGAUUAGAGUGAUCAGACGGACGUUCCUCGAAAUACACACGAACGGAUCGUUGAAAGAUAACCGGGAGUUAGUAAUCGAUAAUUGCGUGAUAGCCGUGGCAUAUUUUCGCGAUGGAUAUGCCCCGAGUAAUUUCCCGACAGAUAAAGAAUGGGAUGCCAGGCUGUUGAUCGAGAGGUCGGUCGCGAUUAAAUGCCCCGAUAUAAAAUUCCAUUUGAUUGGACAGAAGAAAGUUCAGCAGGAACUCACGAAAUCGGGCGUUUUGGAGAGAUUCUUGACGGAGACCAAGAAGAUUAAGGCCGUUAGGGAAGUGUUUAUGAACAUAUACGGACUUGAAUUCGACGAACACGGUGACAGGGCCGUACAAAUGGCGUUGGAUAAUCCGGAAAACUUCGUAUUGAAGCCGCAAAGAGAAGGAGGCGGAUAUAACAUAUACGGUAGCGACAUCAAAGACCUGAUGCUUAAGAUAAACAAUUCGAAAGAACGAUUAUCUUACAUUCUCAUGGAGAGGAUUUUCCCGCCUGUGUCAAAGGGCUACAUGAUCUUGCCCGGUUCACAACCCGUUCUAACUGAAUUGAUAUCCGAGAUCGGCAUUUACGGAAUACUCAUUAGCGAUGGCCAAAAGAUCGUAGUGAAUGAACAGGCGGGCCACAUGAUUCGAAGCAAAGUAUCAACUUCGAACGAAGGUGGAGUAAUCGCCGGAGCCGCAGCGUUAGAUUGCCCCUAUUUGUUCGAUUAGUUUAAGGAGAAGCCACACUGAUUUGGUAACUAGCAACUGUGAUCACAUUUCUAUUCCAAUAUAUAUUUUGAUUUGCAUUUAUUCUGAAUGGUAUUUACUCGGGACGUGGUACUUUAUUGGGGUUCGUUCUUUUUCUUGUCCUUUUCGAUUAUGUGUUAUUACGUUAUUAUUAUUCACUCGACAAUGUCAACAAACUAGUAAAUUUUUGUAACACAGGCUAUUUAUUCAAAAAACAUUUACGCUGUCACUGGAAAAAUUGCAACACAAACAAAGCAACGCGAAUCAAUUAUU